CGGAGGAGCAGGCGGGAGCGGACGGGCGCAGGGGAUGCGAGGACCUCGGCGGCGGGGGGAGGGGGGGAGCGAGGAGCGAGGACGGUUAGUGUGUCGAAAGUCCUGAGUCAGAGCGGCCGGCAGGGCGGGCACCGAGCGGUUGGCGCAGAACCGAGUGACUUUGCGGGUGGUGGAGCGGCCACCGAGCGGUUGCAACAUGAUCACCUCGGCCGCUGGAAUCAUUUCACUUCUGGAUGAAAAAGAGCCACAGCUCAAGGAGUUUGCUCUGCACAAGCUGAACUCCGUUGUCAAUGACUUCUGGGCUGAAAUUUCAGAAUCGGUGGUUAAAAUUGAGGAACUAUAUGAAGAUGAGACAUUCCGGAGUCGGGAGUUUGCUGCCUUGGUGGCGUCUAAAGUUUUUUAUCAUCUUGGAGCCUUUGAAGAAUCAUUGAACUAUGCACUUGGAGCUGGGGACCUCUUCAAUGUCAAUGAUGAAUCAGAAUACGUGGAAACCAUUAUAGCUAAAUGUAUUGAUCAUUAUACAAAACUUCGAGUCGAAAAUAGAGAACUACCUGAUGGUGAGGAGAAACCUAUUGAUCCUCGAUUAGAAGGUAUUGUUAAUAAGAUGUUCCAACGGUGCUUUGAUGACCACAAAUACAAACAGGCAAUUGGCAUUGCUUUGGAGACCAGGAGGCUUGAUGUCUUUGAGAAAGUGAUUCUCGAAUCUAAUGAUAUCUCUGCGAUGCUUGCAUAUAGUGUAAAAGUGUGCAUGUCACUGAUGCAGAAUAAGCAAUUCAGAAAUGAAGUCCUUCGUGUUCUAGUCAAGCUCUAUAUGAAUCUGGAAAAACCAGACUUUAUUAAUGUGUGUCAGUGCCUCAUUUUCCUGGAUGACCCACAAGCAGUCAGUGAUAUCCUGGAAAAACUUGUGAAAGAGGACAACCUGCUGAUGGCCUAUCAAAUCUGCUUUGACUUGUAUGAGAGUGCCAGCCAACAAUUCUUGUCCAGUGUCAUCCAGAACCUUAAGACUGUAGGCACUCCUAUUGCUGUGGUACCAGGUUCUACUAACACUGGUACUGUACCAACCACUGAGAAAGAAAGUGAAACUAUGGAGACGGAGGAAAAGUUGGGAGGCUCUCCAACAGCAACUGCGAAAACAGAAUUGACUUCCGAGUCCAAGGCCUUGCAUGAUCAGAACACAAAAAUGAUAAAAAUAUUAAGUGGUGAAAUGUCUAUUGAAUUACAUUUACAGUUUUUAAUACUAAAUAACAACACAGACCUUAUGAUAUUAAAAAACACAAAGGAUGCAGUCAGAAACUCGGUUUGUCAUACAGCAACGGUGAUAGCCAAUUCUUUUAUGCAUUGUGGAACAACAAGUGACCAGUUUCUAAGAGAGAAUCUUGAGUGGUUGGCAAGAGCCACCAACUGGGCGAAGUUUACAGCAACAGCCAGUCUUGGAGUCAUUCAUAAGGGUCAUGAAAAGGAAGCAUUGCAGUUAAUGGCCACAUACUUGCCCAAGGAUUCCUCACCCGGCUCAGCUUAUCAGGAAGGGGGUGGUCUGUAUGCCCUUGGUCUCAUCCAUGCAAAUCAUGGUGGUGACAUCAUAGAAUAUUUGCUCAACCAGCUGAAGAAUGCAAGUAAUGAUAUUGUACGUCAUGGUGGAUGCCUUGGUCUUGGUUUGGCUGCGCUGGGUACUGCUCGACAGGAUGUCUAUGAUCUGCUCAAAACAAAUCUAUAUCAAGAUGACGCAGUUACUGGUGAGGCAGCUGGUCUGGCACUGGGAUUGGUCAUGCUAGGAUCCAAGUCAGCUCAAGCAAUUGAGGAUAUGGUGGGUUAUGCUCAGGAGACCCAGCAUGAGAAGAUUCUUCGUGGCUUGGCUGUAGGCAUUGCUAUGGUGAUGUAUGGCAGAAUGGAAGAAGCAGAUGCUCUCAUUGAGAGUCUUUGUAGAGACAAGGACCCCAUUCUCAGACGUUCUGGAAUGUACAGUGUUGCAAUGGCAUAUUGUGGUUCUGGAAAUAAUAAGGCAAUCAGAAGACUACUGCAUGUUGCUGUGAGUGAUGUCAAUGAUGAUGUCAGACGUGCAGCUGUAGAAUCACUUGGAUUUAUUUUAUUCAGGACACCAGAACAGUGCCCAAGUGUGGUGUCCCUGCUUUCUGAAAGUUAUAACCCUCAUGUACGAUACGGUGCUGCCCUAGCUCUAGGCAUUUGCUGUGCUGGAACUGGCAACAAGGAAGCUAUAAAUCUUUUGGAGCCAAUGACUAAUGAUCCAGUAAAUUAUGUCCGCCAAGGUGCUCUAAUUGCAUCUGCUCUUCUCCUAAUCCAGCAAACAGAGAUCACGUGUCCAAAGGUUACGCAGUUCCGUCAGCUCUAUGCAAAGGUUAUCAAUGACAAGCAUGAUGACGUGAUGGCCAAGUUUGGUGCUAUCCUAGCUCAAGGCAUUCUUGAUGCAGGUGGCCGUAAUAUGACUAUUUCACUUCAGUCACGGACAGGACACACCCACAUGCCCUCAGUUGUAGGAGUGCUGGUGUUCACUCAGUUUUGGUUCUGGUUUCCUCAUUCGCAUUUUUUGUCCUUGGCCUUCACUCCAACUGCAGUAAUUGGACUUAACAAGGAUCUCAAGAUGCCUAAAGUCCAAUACCGAUCAAACUGCAAACCAUCAACAUUUGCUUACCCUGCUGCACUGGAGGUUCCCAAAGAGAAAGAAAAGGAAAAGGUUUCCACAGCCGUCCUAUCAAUCACUGCCAAAGCAAAGAAGAAAGAGAAAGAAAAAGAGAAGGGAAAAGAAAAGGAGGAGGAAAAAAUGGAAGUUGAAGAGACAGAGAAGAAAGAUGAAGACAAAGAAAAAGAAAAGAAGAAAGAGCCAGAGCCAAACUGUCAUCUGUUGGAGAACCCAGCUCGAGUAAUGCCUGCACAACUCAAAGUCUUGGCAAUGCCAGAAGGUUGCAGAUACCAGCCCUUUAAACCUCUGUCAAUUGGUGGGAUUAUAAUUCUGAAGGACACCAGCGAAGAGGUAGAGGAGCUUGUGGAACCAGUUCCUGCUCAUGGACCCAAGAUAGAGGAAGAGGAGGAGGAGCCUGAACCUCCAGAGCCAUUUGAAUAUGUUGAUGAUUAAACCAAGAUUGUAGACAGAAAUCUGAAGAUAUUUACACCAUCUUCAACAUUUUAGUUUUAUUGGGGAUGCCUGUUUAAGGUGAUUACACCAUGCUUCUGCAGAAAGGAGAGCUAUUUCAUAUCUGGAUUGAUAACUUUCAGAACAACUGCAAGAGAUUAAUUAUACGUUGUAAAACUUGGUAAUGCUUUGAAGAAAUCAAUAAACCACUUUCGUGUAUAAAAA